CCCUGGAGGACAGAGGUGGGGGGGGGCAGAUUUAAUGAUUGAUUUACUGACCAGGGUUCACAUGUAAAACAUUCAUUUCUGCAGAGGAGGGAGGGGAAGUGACACAGAGAGAGAGAGAGAGAGAGAGAGAGAGAGUCAUAGGUUCAUCCACUGAGGCUGACGGACGUUCAGCUGAAGGUCUGAAUCAAGAUGAAUGUGGCUCUGAUCCACGACAGACUGCACAUUAAGACGUUCUGGGAGAAGAGGAUUAACACUCAGUGUCAGAAUGCUGACAGCGAGGAGCAGAGGAUGAACAAGAGUGCACUCAAAAAGCUGAGGGGGGAGUGGCUGGUCCGACUGGAGAACCGAACCAAACACCUGAAGAGCCUCAACGACAACUACAUCAGGAAGAUGAAGAAGACAGCUGACCAGACAUGAGGUGAACAGGGAUGAAGAUUCUUCCUCCUGUUUGAAGAGAAUAAAGUGACUUUGUGUUUGAGAUGUGGUUCUGUAGAUUUCUGAGGUGAGGCGUUCAG